AUGUCGAAUGAGCAACGUCUGGAAGAAGAGAUUGCCCGUUUGCAAGAAUUGUUGGGAACACAAGCAAUCACUACGAAUAACGCAGCUGCUACGAACAACGUACCCGACGGUCCAAUGGCUGUGAAUAAAAUCGGCAUCAAAGUAUCGAUUCGGAAAUCCUCGCGUGCUGCUCGAGACCCACCUGCCGACGAUAAAUACACUAAAAUUAAGGAAAGAAUUAUCCAAGAGUACAGUACGAGUGAACAGAACCGUAUGCAGCAGCUAUUACGAGGAUGUGAACUAGGAGAUCGCAAGCCUUCUCAGCUUCUACGUGAGAUGAGGGAUCUUGCCAGAGACGUUAUCACUGACGAAAAAAUUAUCAAAUCUCUGUGGAUGCAGCAGUUACCCGAAACCACCCAAGCCGUUCUUAAAGUAUCAGAAACUACACUCCAACUAUCACAGCUAGCCGAACAAGCCGACAAGCUUGCAGACAUCACCAGGAACCGUGUUGCAUCGUCCGUAACAGCUUCGCCAGACAGCACUAACGAGAUAGGCUUGGCGGAAUUACGAACACGAAUCUCCGAAAUUUCAAACGAGCUGGCCGCAUUCCGUCAAGAACGCAGCAGAUCUCGCAACAGAAGUUUCAACAGAGAGCAAAGCUUUCGGAGCGGCUCUCGAGAAUAUCACCCGUAUUGUUACUACCACAGAAAGUUCGGAGCAAAUGCAAAGAACUGCCGAGAGCCUUGUCAGUUCAAAUCAAAAAACUAG